AUGCCGCUCUUCAAAGAAGCUCCUCCAAAGGUCCUCGUGCCUGAGAAGCUGUCCGCCGAUGGUCUGGCUCUACUACGGGGCUCGCUCGAUGUCGACGAGCGCAAGGGUCUGACUCCAGAGCAGCUACUGGAGAUCAUUCCAAACUACGAUGCCCUCCUCGUUCGUUCCGAGACAAAAGUCACUGCGACCGUGCUGCAGGCAGCUCGGCGCCUGAAGGUGGUCGCUCGUGCUGGCGUUGGGGUAGACAAUGUUGAUGUCCAAGAGGCCACCAAGUUGGGCAUUGUCGUGGUCAAUUCACCUUCUGGCAACAUCGGGGCUGCAGCUGAACACACCAUUGCGUUGAUGAUGUCGAUGGCACGAAAGAUUCCUGAAGGCUGCGCCAGCCUCAAAGAUGGGAAAUGGGAGCGUAGCAAUUUCGUCGGUGUCGAAGUCAAGGGAAAGGUUCUAGGAAUUAUUGGACUUGGCAAGGUGGGCUUGACGGUAGCUCGUCUGGCAAAGGGCCUCGGUAUGACCGUCAAUGCAUUAGAUCCCUAUGCGUCACCGGCUGUGGCAGCUUCGGCCUCUGUGACUCUGGUCACCUCCCUGCCAGAGCUUCUAAAAUCGGCCGAUUUCCUCACGAUCCACACUCCGCUGAUUGCAUCGACUCGUGGAAUGAUCGGCGAAGCAGAAUUAGCCCAAAUGAAGCCAGGUUCUCGGAUCUUGAAUGUGGCUCGUGGCGGCACCAUCGAUGAAGCUGCUCUACUUGCGUCGCUGGAGUCUGGACAUCUAGCCGGCGCAGCCGUUGAUGUCUUUACUUCCGAGCCACCGACUGCCGAUUCCACGGCGACGAAGCUGAUUGCUCAUCCCAGAGCAGUUGUCACUCCACACCUCGGUGCGUCCACUGUGGAAGCCCAAGAAAAUGUUUCCGUCGAUGUAUGCGAGCAAGUUCUGGAUAUUCUGAAGGGAUCUCUGCCUCGAAGCGCUGUGAAUGCACCUCUCAUUCUCCCCGAAGAGUACCAAAAGCUACAGCCAUUCGUGCGCCUCGUCGAGAAAAUUGGCAGUCUAUAUACUCAGCACUAUGCUGCACUUCCUGGGGGAUCUAUGGCUCGAAACACAUUCGACUUGAUCUACCAAGGCGAAGUUGCCAGCAUCAACAACACAAAGCCACUGUUCGCUGCUCUCAUCAAGGGCCUCCUGGCCCCCAUUAGUGGCUCCGAGGGAAUCAACAUUAACAUUGUGAACGCCGAACUCGUUGCUCGUGAGCGUGGCAUUUUCGUCAACGAGCAGCACUCUCGUGAUCCAGCUGAUACUUCGUCAUACUCAUCGCUCGUCACGCUUGUGGCACGUCCACCAUCUCGAGCUUCAUCCCGUGCACCUGGCCCUGUUGACUCUGGUGCCGGUCCUCAGCUAGCAGCCCAGCGCAUUAUCUCCGGUACUUGCUCCGGUGACCAGCCGCUGAUUACCCGACUGGGCCGAUUCGAAGCAUCAUUCGAGCCCGAGGGUACUCUUCUCAUCUGCGAGAACUAUGACUCGCCCGGCAAGAUUGGCGUCGUGGGUAGUCUUCUCGGCCAAGAGGGAGUCAACAUCAAUUUCAUGACUGUGUCACCUGUCUCACCAAAGCUGGCAACUGGUAAUGACCAGACCGAGAGCAUCAUCCCCAGCAAAGACGGCAGCGCAGACAUCAGGCCCAAGGAAGAUGUGAUUGGUUCUAAAGAGGCCCUCAUGAUUCUGGGUAUUGAUCGUGGUGUGUCGGCGCAGGUUACAGAGGGCCUGGUUAGAGAGGGCGGUGUUUUGAGUGCAUGUGCUGUUACACUUUGA